CAGGCGCACUCCCUGCACGCUCCUCUGGCCGCUGAUCCUCCAUCGCAUCCCGGAUCCUUUGCCGCAGCGUCAGCGCCGCCUCCUCCUCUUUUCCUCUUCCUCCUCCGCCCCCUCUCGCUUCCCGGCUUCUCCAGUCGCGGUUCCCGGAGCCGGUACUGAGCCCGGGGGCGCGGGGUGCCAUGCUGCCCGGGUGGCGGCGCUGAAGCAUGGCGACGCCGGUCCCUCCGCCUUCCUCGCGGCACCUGCGGCUGCUGCGGCUGCUGCUCUCCGGCCUCAUCCUCGGAGCGGCCCUGAACAGUGCCACCGCCCGCCGCCCGGAUGCUCCCACCUGUCCUGGAAGCCUGGACUGUGCCCUGAAGAGGCGGGCCAGAUGCCCACCGGGCGCACAUGCCUGUGGACCAUGCCUUCAGUCCUUCCAGGAGGACCAGCAAGGGUUCUGUGUGCCCAGGAUGCACCAGUCUUCUGGGGAGGACCUGCCCCAGCCCAGACUGGAAGAGGAGAUCGAUUCUCUGGCCCAGGAACUAGCAUUGAAGGAGAAGGAGGCUGGACACCCAAGGCUUACAGCACAGCCCUUGCCUGAGGCUGCACAGAAGCUCCUAGAGCCUGCAGCUACCCUGGGAUUCUCACAGUGGGGUCAAGGACUGGAGCCCGGCCUCCCCUCCAUUCACGGAACCUCCCAGCCCACACCCCACGCCUCCUUGGGCUCCCCUGUAUCUUCUGGGCCUGUGCACAUGUCUCCGCUGGAGCCCCAGGGCGGACAUGGAAAUGGCCUCACCCUUGUGCUGAUCCUGGCUUUCUGCUUGGCGAGCACAGCCGCCCUGGCUGUGGCAGCCCUCUGCUGGUGUAGGCUACAACGAGAGAUUCGCCUGACUCAGAAGGCCGACUACGCUGCCACAUCCAAGGCGCCCACUUCCCCUACAACACCGCGGAUCUCGCCUGGGGAUCAGCGGCUGGCGCACAGCGCUGAGAUGUAUCACUACCAGCACCAGAGACAGCAGAUGCUGUGCCUGGAGCGGCAUAAGGAACCUGCAAAGGAACUGGAGUCAGCCUCCUCUGAUGAGGAGAACGAAGAUGGCGACUUCACGGUGUAUGAGUGCCCAGGCCUGGCACCGACAGGGGAGAUGGAGGUGCGCAACCCGCUGUUUGACCAUUCCUCGCUGUCCGCCGCACCAGUGCCGGGUCCCAAUUCCUCACCUCCGCUGCACCAGUGCCGGGUCCCAAUUCCUCACCUCCGCUGCACCAGUGCCGGGUCCCAAUUCCUCACCUCCGCCGCACCAGUGCCGGGUCCCAAUUCCUCACCUCCGCUGCAGUGACUCCUAGGGUGAUGCCCACUUGCCUGCAGCCCACAGCUCACCGAUGAGAGAAGCAAGGCCUGGUGUUCCCCGUUGAAAAGAACAGCAUUGUGACCCUCUGCAUGCUUCUGGCAGGAGGGAGGCACCAGCCCCUGGGCUUCCUUGCCAGGGAGAUUCUCCACCUUAUGUGGGAGACCUAGCAUCUGCUUGCACUUUCUCUACCUGGUCUGAACCCUCAAACUGGAGGGACUAGUCCAGGACCCCUAGAGCCCAGGCAUGGGUAGAAAAUUCUGGAGAUAAAAGCCAAUUAAAGUCUUUUUCAAAUCUGUGA